ACAGUCAUCAGUGAGCACCCCACCCCCAGACACACACCAACAGACUAGAAACAGAGGAUAAAUUCCCCUGCUAUCCCUCCGUCACUUUUAAUCUGGACACGGAAAAGAAGGUGAUAAAUGUGAAGGAAAUGCACCUUGAAUGAGUGAGUUCAUCAGCUGAUUCCACCUUUCUGGAUUGCUGUGACCUGUUCAGGAACAACUGUAUGACAUCUAGGAAAAGAGAUGGUGGGCCUGGUUGUCUCCUCAGCAGCUGUUUCUGCGAUGGAGCUCUUGGUGACGGAGUUGAAUGUGCUGUUGAAGCUGUUGGACCAUGAGACCCUGAGCUGUGCUACAGAAGAGAAGAAAACCGCUGUGAAGAACCUUCUGAGACAACUUCAGCCCUCAGUCACUGGAAAAGACUAUAUGUACAUGAACAGCUCAGUAUACAGAAAUGGAACCAGCUUUGUCGAAUCCCUUUUUGAUACAUUCGAUUGUGACCUAGGGGACCUGAAGGUUGAAAUGGAGGAUCAGAAGAACGAGCCAGAGACAAAACACACUGACCACAUUGUCCCCAAACCAAGCACAGCGGACUCGCCUCCCCCCCUGCCCAACACACCACCUCCAGAGGAUUACUAUGAAGAAGCCGUUCCACUCAGCCCUGGAAAGAUGCCAGAAUAUAUCACUAGACGCAGCAGCUCCAGUCCUCCUAAUUCCAUUGAAGAUGGAUAUUAUGAAGAUGCUGAGAACAAUUACCCAACAACUCAAGUGAACGGACAACGCAAAAACUCCUAUAAUGACUCGGAUGCCUUAAGCAGUUCUUAUGAGUCAUAUGAUGAGGAAGAGGAAGAGAAAGCCCAGCGUUUGACACACCAGUGGCCCUCAGAGGAGAACUCCAUGGCCCCGGUGAGAGACUGCCAUAUCUGUGCCUUCCUGCUGAGGAAAAAACGCUUCGGCCAGUGGGCCAAACAGCUCACUGUCAUCCGCGAGAACAGACUCCAGUGCUAUAAAAGCUCAAAAGACCACUCGCCAUACACUGACAUACCACUCAGUUUUUGUAAUGUCAUCUACGUGCCCAAAGAUGGCCGGAGGAAGAAGCAUGAGCUCCGAUUCUCUCUUCCCGGUGGAGAGGCACUGGUGUUAGCCGUGCAGAGCAAGGAGCAGGCCGAGAAAUGGCUCCAAGUGGUGCGUGACGUUACAGGUCAGGGGAAUGGGUUGGACAGCCCAUCUUCUCCCAUGAUUCCAAGGAAGAUUGAACUGGAUAAGUGGUGUUCUUCAGAGAAGCAAACCUCAGAUUCUGACAGUAUGCCAAGUGGAGAGAGUGCUCGCGAUGGACGGGAAAAUGGUAAACCCAAGCGAGGUGCACUGUCAGAGCUAACGGGCACCGUAAGCCGAGCUGCAGGAAGAAAGAUCACAAGAAUGAUCAGUUUCUCGAAAAGAAAGCCUCCACUGCCAGGAGACAACUGCACGUCACCCGACCAGGAUCCUCGGUGUGGUUAUGUAGGAGUGCUGUUGAAUCAGUGCUGGAAGGAACACUGGUGUCGGGUGCGGGCUGGAUCUCUUUACCUUUACCAUGAGAAAGGAGAACAGCGGGUCCCCCACACCACUGUGGCUCUGAAGGGAUGCGAGGUUGUCCCAGGCCUCAGACCUAAACACCCCUUCACCCUGAGGAUACUGAAAGGAGGUGCAGAGCUGGCAGCUUUGGAGGCGAGUUGUUCGGAGGACAUGGGCCGCUGGCUUGGAAUCUUGUUGGCAGAAACUGGUUCCUCUGCGGACCCCGAGUCCCUACAUUAUGACUAUGUAGAUGUGGAAACUAUUGCCAACAUCCGUACUGCUGCCCGUCACUCUUUCCUAUGGGCAACCUCCACAGAUUUUAGAAUGUAUGAUGAGGUCCCUUUCGAAGCCAUAGAGCAGGAAAAUGAGGGGUUGAUGGGAGAAGCACAAACAAAACGUCGUUCUUCUUUCUCCAGCAGUGAAACAGGAAAGCCCAGUCCACAAAUCACUCUAAAACGCCAUGGCUCCAACGCAAAUCAGUACGGGAGGUAUGGGAAAACACGGGCACAGGAGGACGCACGCCGAUACUUGAAAGAAAAAGAAGACCUGGAAAAAGAAAUAGAUAGUAUCAGAGGUGCCCUAGUCUCUCUGCGAAAAAAGAAACGAGAGGCCAAAAAUAAGAUGAAUGGUGCACCGGAUAAGCAGAAGUUGGCUUUAGAGGAGCAUGUAGCUCAGUUAGAGGACAGCUGUCGGGUGAAAGAGGGAGAGCGUGUGGACCUAGAGCUUAAACUCACGCAGGUGAAGGAGAACCUAAAGAAAUCUUUGGCUGGUGGAGAACUGGGGGCACCUACAGAGUACAUACAAACUACAAACAAGACUCCGUAUAUGGAGUCAUUUCUCCCUGUUAACUGCACCUCUGAAAUGCGUAAGCAUCCCCCCUCCAUCUAUGCAUCCACGAAGGGAAACGUUAUGCAGAAAGCCAAGGAAUGGGAAUCUAACAAGGGGACUUAAAUUGCUGAUCAGGAAUGUCAAGGUUAAGAUGAGGAUUUUUCACCCAGCUUUCUCCAACACAGACUGCUGUAAAUGCAUAUAUAUUGACUACGACGGCUGCCACUUUUGUAACUUUAUAAUGGGGUUAGAAUGACAAAGCAGCCACAGUCAAAUGAUGAUGUUCUCUUCAAGUCUUGUGAAGUUCCAUGUUACAGGCACAAAUAUUGAAGGAUUGAGAUGGUAUGAGGAAAUAAGUUUGUCCUUUGAAAGUGCACAAAAGAGUUGUGGGUAGGUUGUAAAGAAGAUGGGAAUGAAUGGGGGACAAUUUACUUUAAAAUAGUAUGUUAGGAGAGGCAUGGUGACAGAUCUGUACAAAGUGUUUUUACACUCCAUUGCUUAUACAGUACUUCUGGGGUAACUCCUGCUCUUAAAGGGUUACUUCUCCCCAAAAUGACUUUUUUUUUUCAUUAAUCACUUACCCCCCUGUCGUUCCAAACCUGUAAAAGCUUUCUUCUUCUUCGGGAACAUAAUUUAAGAUAUUUUGGAUGAAAACUGGGAGGCUUGUGACUGUCCCAUUGACUGCCAAAUAAAUAACAGUGUCAAGGUCCAGAAAAUUAUGAAAGACAUCAUCAGAAAAGUCCAUCUGCCAUCAGUGGUUCAAACGUAAUGUUAUGAAGCAAUGAGAAUACUUUUUGUAUGUGAAGAAAACAAAAAUAAUGACUUUAUUCAACAAUUUGUCUCCUCUG